AUGGGAUCUGAAGGUGCUGAAACUGGGUUUAUCUCGGAUGAUAAUUUAGCCAAAAAUCGCACGCCUAAACAUACUCAGACAGGGGGUCCAAUGAUGCAGCGAUUAAAGUCUCCAUUUGGCUUAAAAGUUACUUGGGCUUACUGUAUAAUUAUGACUAUCAUUACCUUAAUCCUAUUAAUUGCUCUGGCGACAAGAAAUAAUGAUAAAUUUUACGCUGAAGAGCGAAUGGUUGCAGUACAAUCAACACAAACUGUAACUCGCGGUAUCAGUUUUGUCCUUCAAAGACAGAAGGCUAGUGGUGGAUGGGCUACUGUUUCCUUGACAGCUCAGGUAACUCUUGCAAUCCGAUUAGCAGGAGGAUUUAAUCCAGCUAUGAUCAGAUUAUUCAAUAAUACCGCGAGUAUUAAAGACUAUCUUACUAAAGUUAUACAGCAAAAGUAUGUUUUACAUGGAACAACUCCGGCUCCAACACAGCAAGCUAUUACUGGUGGCCAACUUGCUUAUGUUAUGCUAGCAUUAAAAGCAAUGUGCGUCAAUACAAGUCAAUUUGCCAAUAUUAACUUAAAUCAACAACUGGCACUUCGGUUAAAGAAUCCAAACAUUGACUUUAAUCAUCAAUAUCCUUAUGCAUUAGCACUACUAACAUUAUGUUUAAAUAACUACAAGAAUACUUCGAAUUUUGCUUCAUUUUUAAGCGAACUUCAAGUACAGUCAGAUGGUGGUUGGUAUGAUGUUGAUUCGACAUCGAUGGCAAUCAUGGCCUUGCAUUGUGUUGGAGGCUAUCAGAAUGCUGUCCAACGUGCUAUUCAAUAUCUACUAAAAAAUCAAAAUUCGAAAACUUUCCUAUUUGGUAAUGAAUAUGCAACAGCUCAUGCAAUUCAAGCUUUAUUAUCAGUUAAUGUUCCGAUAACUACUUGGAAUUAUCCUAAAGUAUUGCAAUCAUUAUUUAAAAUGCGUAAAUAUGAUGGCACAUUUGGACGUGUUGAUAAUACAGUUGCGGUUCUACCAUCAAUUACUGGUUCUACAUUUUUGGAUUUAAAAAGUGCAACUUGUAAACCACCUAGUGGAGCUAUUAAUUCAUCUGUUGUCACUAUAGUCUACACUAUUCGUUAUAACUGCCCAACCCUUGACUUUGGAGAUGAAACACCGCUGUCCAUAUCAGCUAAAGCGGGUAGCCCAAUGUUAACAUUUAUGAAGAUGGCAGCUGGUAUGAGUAGUCGAUUUAAUUACACAUUAAAAUAUCAUGCAACAUUUGACGCUUAUACUGUGGAAACAAUCAACGGUAUAUCAAGUGAUAGUAGUAGUAAAUUGUGCUAUUGGUAUCUUCAAUAUGAUGUCACUAAACAGGAAGUUCCAUUAGGUAUAUCUCAUUUUAUACCCAAGAACAACGAUGAAAUUUCAUUCGUAUAUCGAAAACCUCAAAGUAGUAGUAAAAAAUAA